CGCAGCACGAGAGCUCCAGCGAUGUAGAGAGGAGAGGGAGAGGAGGAGGUGGAGGCAGAUCGAGGAGAAGCAUGAAGAACAUCCCCGGCUACUAGGCUGUCAGACGGGGAGAGCAUCUCGUCUUCCCUCGCUCAUUUGGGGCCGACUGGAAGCAGAGGGGGGCAGCGGGGCCGAGGACAGGAUGGAGGAGAAGAAACAGUUUCUUUGUGGGGUGGUGGAGGGAUUCUAUGGGAGGCCAUGGUCUAUGGAUCAGAGGAAAGUGCUCUUCCAAUGGAUGCAGCACUGGGGGUUGAACACCUACUUGUAUGGUCCAAAAGAUGAUCUAAAACACAGACUGUUGUGGAGAGAGGUCUAUUCUCCUGAAGAGGAGGGUCAGUUGCGUACUCUCAUCGUGGAGGCCCAGUCGAGAGGCCUGAGGUUUGUUUACGCCCUCUCACCUGGUCAGGACAUCGUCUUCUCUUCUUCCUGUGACCUGACACUGCUCAAACGCAAGCUGAGACAGGUAUCAGACCUGGGAUGCCAGGCAUUUGCCAUUCUGUUUGAUGACAUCGAUCACUCCAUGUGUCAGGCCGACAGCGAGGCCUUCUCUUCAUUCGCCCACGCUCAGGUCAAUGUAACCAAUGAGAUCUAUCGGUUCUUGGGGGAACCACCCGUCUUCCUCUUUUGCCCAACAGAAUACUGUGGUUCUCUGUGCUCUCCCAGUAUAUCUAAAUCCCCUUACCUGCAGACUGUUGGAGAGGACCUACUACCCAACAUUACAGUGAUAUGGACAGGCAGUAAGGUCAUAUCUAGGAAACUAUCUGUAGACUGUCUGGCUGAGGUGGAGUCUGUCCUCCAGCGCCCGCCACUCAUCUGGGACAACCUGCACGCUAAUGACUACGACUCCAGACGUCUCUUCCUGGGGCCUUUCAAGGGUCGAGAGCCUCAGCUGAGGAGCCACCUUAGGGGACUGUUGCUCAACCCAAACUGCGAGUUUGAAGCCAACUACAUCCCUCUGCAUACGCUGGGGAGCUGGUACAGAGCUGGAGAAGAGGAGAGGAAAGAUGAGGAGUGUGAGUACUGUCCUGAUAGAGCUCUGUCUGCUGCACUACAUGAUUGGAUGGAGGAACUCAACCAACCACUGCAAGCAGGUCGGCAGAGCACCCGAGCAGACCAGCGCUCCUCUGCUCCAACGUCUCGCUGCAAAACUCCUGAUAGAUCUGACUGCACCUCCACAUUCAGAGGGACCUCUGCUGUGGCCAAGCUUCCUGUCUUCCCCUUGAACUCCAGCUCACCCCCAUCAUCACCCACUAAGGCUAAGGGGGAGAAGGAGGUGCGGGAUGGGGAGAAAAAGCAGUCAAACCAGUCUAGUCAACCUAAUCACCAACCACCAGGAUCCAGACCUGGAGCACCUUCAGGUGGCAACCGGGGACAGAAGGCCCAGGGUCGGGGGCUCUGUGGUGGGAAGGGCAUGCUGAGUGAGUCCCAGGUGCGGCUGCUGGUUGGUCUUCACUAUCUUCCCCAUGAACACGGCCCGUCUGCCCAGAAACUGCUACAGGAUCUGACCUGGCUUAAAUCAAACUGCCACCUGGUCAGCUCUAACAGCAAGAAGGCACCGCCUCAGAAGGUUGAUGAGUGGCGUGGUCGGGCCUCCAGGUUCCUGUCUCUGUGUGAAGACAUAGCACAGCUCCACUGCAGUGUGGUGGGCGGCGCCAACAGGGCUGUACUCUAUGACCUUUACCCUUAUGUGUGGGACCUGCGGAACACGGCUCUGGUGGCAAAGGCCUUUAUAUGCUGGCUGGAUGGACGAGUGUUGAGUGACAGCUCCACCCUGGGCUCCUGGAGGAACUGCUUCCACUGGUGUGGGAAGAGCACAGGGGCAGACGUACUGGGAGUGGAGUCAGAGCCAUGGGUGUUCAAAGGGGGUGUGUCUGGGGAGGUGCAGAUGCUUCUCCCAAUAGGCAGCAGCAGUGAACUCUUCACUCAUCCUCCUCCUCUCUUCCCUACCUCUCGUCUCUAUAACAUCAGGCCCUACCACAGCAAGGACAAGGUGGAGUUGUAUCGGAUGGUCCGCCAACUUCACCUGAGGACUCAGGGUGGCCAAGAGUCCAGUAUUGCUCACCCAGAUGUCAUAGGAGAUAGAUGUCUGGGCCCGUGCCUGGCACUGUGCCCCGAGUACAGCUUCAUCCUGGAGGACGAGCUGGGUGUGUGUGGCUGUGUGUUGGGCAUCUUGGAUGUUCGCUCCUUCGCCAAGCGGUGCCAGGCCAGCUGGAUGCCUGCCAUGAGGGACAAAUACCCACCCAAAGGAGGCAACACACACCCCAACACACAGGACUUGAUCCAGCUGAUGGAGGAGGACCAGGGUGAGUACCCAGACUCGCUCCUCUAUCACUUCCCCUCUCAGCUGCGACUGGACGCCCUGCCUGAGCUGGUGGACAUCAGCGUCAGCCGUACCCUGCUCACCGCCCUCCUCACUGCGCUCAAGGCAAACGGUUCUCAGGGUGUGUUCUGUGAAGUGCAGCCGACAGACCGUCAGAGGCUGGAGUUCUUGACAAAACUGGGCUUCCUGGAGAUCCUCAGAGGAGAAGCCAGGAGCCGGGAGGGAGUGGUGCUGGGGAGGCUGCUCUGAACAUAAAACACACACACACACAAACACAUGCACCCAAAUGGUCACACACACACGCACACACACACACACACACACACCACCAGAAACAUGCAAAGACACUUGCAACCAUACAGUAGAUACACAAAGGCAGUUACAUACUCAGAAAGAAGUUAGAAAAUGUAUUCUCUGUCAACAGAGACAGACCUGGAUUCCUUUGAGUCUGUGUGGCAGUGAUGGGGAUGAAUCCAGAGAUUUCUGAGGGAUUUACAAAAUCUAAAAUAAGCUUUGAACUUAAACCUGCAGCAGAGCUGUGCUAAUCUUUCUCUGAUUCUACCCGUGGUUGAGGAUUACAAGAUUCAGUCAAGUCUCAAGGAAAGUCAGUAACAGAAUAGGUUGAUAGGGGAGCAGAGUGCUAGAUCACAGCAGCAACAAAGUUCUCCUCUGUGGGACACAUGUCAGUCAGUCAUAUGAAUAAUAAGCAUCUUUCAGUUCACUGUUGUGUUUUUCUGGCCCACCACUUCACAGUUUCUUUCACUGUGAUUGCUCCUGUCAGUGUUGUUUCCAGUCACAGCAGGUGUCUGUUUUCAAUGAAAAAGCUCAAACAGCUGUACAAAGCUUCAAGGAUCUCCCCUGCUGAAGUGUCCUUAAGCAAGGCACUAAAUCCUCACAAGCCUCAGAACUACUGUUCUUAGUCAGACAUGAUCUCUGACCUAUGAAAUCUUAAAAUCUUAAACCUAAAAAAAUCAUGUUGUUUUAUGUGGGGCUAUGUGCCAAACUCUUAAACAAAUGAGAAGCAACUUACUUUGAUUUCACUUCCUUUAGGCAGAGCCAGGAUAGCUGUUAUCCCAAAGUCCCAGUCUUUGUGCUAAACUAAGCUACAUAUUUAGAAUACAGACAUGAGAAUGGUAAAAGCCUUCACCUUUAACUCUCUGCAAGAAAGCAAAUAAGGGUAUUUCCUAAAAUACAAAACGAUUCCUUCUAACUUAAACAGUUUUGUUCCUGUCCUGAACAUGGCCACAGUUAAGCUGCUAUGAUAGAUCUCGUGCUCUGCUCCCUCCGCUUCGUAUAAACGAUAUGUUUCUUUUCUUCAAAGUUAGGAUGUUGUUUUCUAGCCCCUGUCCUGUUGGUUAAAUAGUCUGCCAGCGACAGACCAGACCCAGGCACGGCAUCAUUGUUUACACUCGCUUAGUUUAGAUGAAUGUUUACAUGCAUGAAGAACAAAACAUUGUGUGGUUGUUCACAAAGUAGGAUUACAUGUAUUGACAUUGACACAAACAUACACAUAUAAUUUUGAUGGAAUGCUCUAACAUAGCAACAAGAUUUUUUUUUAUUGGCAUUCUCUCAGCCAUCAUAGCUAUAAGGUUGUAGGAAAAAACAAAACAAUUAAGUGCAUGCACGCUAAAAUUCAUCAGAAAAAACAAAAAUCAUGAUCAAAUCAAGUUUUCAAAUUUGCAUGAAAACAAUCAUUCGGACAUACAAGAUACAUAACACACACACACACACACACACACACACAGACACACACACACACGCACUUAAUCUGAAGUUUACACUUGGUUCAGUUGGAUAUAAAUGAUACCUCUCCCUCAUUUAACAUCAUUUACACUGUUGUCAGAUACUCUAAACACCAGUGUGUAUGUAUGAGGUGUGUAUGAGGUGCAUGUGUGUGCGAGUGUGUGCCAAAUACACCAACUAAGACAGCUAUGUCAUUCUGCCUUUAUUCUGAACCAUGAUGAACACAAGCAUACAAGCAGACGCAGACACACACACACACACACACACACACACACACACAGUCAUACUAAAAGAAGCACAAGAGCACUCACAAUCAGAUCUUCAACUGAAAGUAUGUAGAACUACGAAUGUUCAUUUUUUUGUAAUGCAGCUUAAAAAAGACACAACUACUGUUUGUGCAAGUAUUUAUAUUUCUACUUUUGAUUUUUCUUUUUAGUAUUAUUAUUAUUAUAAUGCUUGAUCAAUCACAGACUGAAAGGCACUUUUGUAUGUUGUUACCAACCUCAUCAUCAUUGUCUGUGAGGUAGUUCAUGGUUAAAGAAUAAAGUCCCAGAACUGAAAAUUACGUAGACAAAAAUACAAAAAAACAAAACAAAAAACAAACCAAAAAAAAAAACUUAAAGCACUGAGAUAGAAAUGCAUGAUAUAAAGAAUCAUUUUAGGAAAAAAAUGUCAUUGUUUGCUCCAGAAGUUUGUCAUUUCACCUCUAUGGGAAAUGAUGAUGUAUGGUCUGAUUCAAAAAUGUGUGUGAAUGUGGGCAUGUGUGUGUUUGGGAAAAGGUAUGGUGAUGGGGAAUAUAUGUUAACUGUACACAGGCAACAUGAAGCACUGUGAAAAGACUAAAUCCAACUAAAACCAUAGCAAAAAAGAAUUUUGAAUAAGAGUGACAAUAAUAACAACAAUGAUAAUGAUGGUGAUGAUAAAAGUUGCCUUCAGUCUCCAGGCCUAAGUAGCCAACCACUCCGUCCAUUUCAGAAAUACAUUACCUGUCGUCUGUGUGUGCUCAUUGUCUCACUGUCUGCCUGCAAUGAGGUACAUGUACAGUUUGUUUUUACAGUGAGUUCCAGUAGAGUGCUAUGUAGUAUGUCUAUGCAGGGUAAUGAAGGGGUUAAAAAUAAUUACUGUAGAAUUCAUUACGUGUUUUUAUUGAUAACAGUACAACUGUCAUUUUAACAAUGAAUGAUUUUAUCGAACUGACUUGUUGAUUUCAUGCCUAUUAAAAGAUGUUUUCUUUCCCUUUAA